AUGCAGGGUGGACACGGCGCGAACUCUUUUGGGGGCUCCUUCCAGCAGGCCGUCCCCAACGAUCCUGCGCACGACAUCCUCGCCGCGCUCAUCCACUGGGUCGAGGACGGCGUCGCGCCGGACACCAUCAUCGCCACGAAAUUCAACAACGACAGCGCGGCGGACGGGGUCGCGUUCACGCGCCCGCUGUGCAAGCACCCGCUGAAGGCGCGGCUCCGGGGCGGCGACGAGAACGACGCUGCGAGCUUCGAGUGCGCCUGA